AUGUUCACCCUUUCCCGUGAAGAAUUCGAAAACUGUAGGAACGUUCUAUUCCGUCAUUAUCUUGGUGAUUCAGGCUCUGAGGCCAGCAGCCGUGACCGGCGUAAAGAAGAUAAUGGCCAGAACAGAUGGGAAACUCAACGUCGAUUCAUUGAUAACUACUUUAGUAGAUUUCUCAAGAAUGGUGGAAAGAGUAAAGAUCAUUUUGAUUUGAAACGACUGAAACGCGAUAGCUACGGCAUACCACAAGAUAUCAGCAAACGAUACUUCGUUUUCGCUCAGAGAGAAUUCCAGGAUCCACCUAGUCAUCUGCAACAUAUACCGCCAUGGCUAAUCCGUCACUUCGAAUAUGCCAUUCAAUUAUCAUUGGAUUUUUUCAAUGAUCUGAAAUUCAAGAAAGUGAAAGAACUCCGAAAAUCACAGAAGGAACUCCCAAUUGCUGAAAGAAAGGAUGAAAUAAUAAAGCUCUUAAAAGAUAAUCAAGUGCUGAUCAUCGCAGGAGAUACUGGAUGCGGGAAAAGUACGCAAGUUCCCCAGUAUCUUCUUCAAAGCGGUUAUACUGGGAUUGCUUGUACACAACCUCGUCGUAUCGCUUGCACAGCACUGGCGCGACGAGUCGCGUACGAAACGCUAAACGCCUAUGGAAGUGAGGUUGCAUAUCAAAUCAGGUUCGAAACAACUAAAUCGAAGCGAACGAAAAUGGUGUUUCUCACUGAAGGCCUUUUACUCCGACAAAUGGAAAAUGACUCUCUCCUCCAGCAAUACAAUGUGGUAAUUCUUGAUGAAAUACAUGAAAGACAUCUGAGCAGUGAUUUGCUUAUUGGACUAUUGCGUGAUAUGAUUGGGAAAAGAGAUGACCUGAAGCUAAUACUUAUGUCUGCAACUAUAAAUCUGGAACUUUUCAAAGGAUACUUUGAAGGAGCUCCGGUCAUUCAGGAUACCGAUAAUUAUAAAAACAUUUCAUUUUCGGUACCUGGGCGAUUGUUUCCCAUACAACUGCGAUACCAUCCAAUCAAGCAGUUUAUCGCUGAGAGUGAGAAAAAGAGUCACAAAAUUGAUCCGGAGCCGUACGUUCGGAUACUCGAGCUUAUUGAUAAACAAGUUCCAUCUACCGAGCGCGGUGAUGCGCUAAUUUUUCUCAAUGGUGUCGCAGAGAUUACAACCGUGGCUGAAUCACUGAAAACUUAUGCAGAACUGACGAAGGCUUGGAUUAUACUUAUGUUACAUAGCACUCUCUCUGUUGAGGAGCAAGACAAAGUUUUUGAUGUGGCGCCCUCAGGUGUGAGAAAGUGUAUUCUUUCAACUAAUAUUGCUGAGACGUCAGUUACUAUAGAUGGAAUUCGUUUUGUAAUUGAUUCUGGGAAGGUCAAUCUAAUCAAACACGAAACGGGUAGUGGCACUCAGAAAUUGAGCGAGUUCUGGGUGUCGAAGGCGUCUGCUGAUCAAAGAAAAGGACGGGCAGGCAGAACAGGACCAGGAAUAUGCUAUCGACUGUAUUCUGAAGAACAGUACAAUAAGAUGGACGAUUUCACGACUUCAGAAAUCAAUCGUGUUUCAUUACAGGAGAUGGCUCUUCGUAUGAUAAGCCUUAAUCUCGGUUUGGAUCCUCGAACGUUUCCAUUCAUUGAGCAUCCCGAAACAGAAAAGUUGAAUGAUGCACUCGAUAUUCUGAAGUUUCAGGGUGUUCUAUACCCAGAUCGUGAUAAUCAGCUCACAAUCUUGGGGAGUGCUAUAGCAAAACUACCUGUUGACGUGCCGAUAGCAAAGAUGCUUGUUCUGGGAUGUGUUGUCAACCAAGUGGAAGUGAUGUUAACCGUUGCCGCAGGUCUCUCUGUUCAAAGCCCGUUCACCAAUCGCUCGUACCGAGAACUUGAUGUGGUUGAACGAAGAAGACGUCUAACCAGCGCGAUGGGAGACCCGUUCACACUCAUUGAAAUUUUCAGAGAAUGGGUGUUGCACAAAUGUACUGGAGGCAAAGUUCGCCGAUGGGCUUUGGAAAAUGGAAUCGAUGAGCAUAGGAUGUACGAGAUUAGCAAAUUACGCUCCCAGUAUAGGCAGGUCCUUGAAGACGCUGGGUUGAUUGAUAAACCAGAUGCACAUGAAUUAGGACAGGACGAUUCCCGUCAACGUCGAAUUGAUCAAGGAGACAGAAAAAAGCUACUAGACAUGAAACGCGAUGCCAGAAACCAAGAAAAAACACAGAAGAUAUUGCGAGCAGACAAGCAUUUCGACUCGAUUCUCAAUGAAAAAGAGGAAGAAGAUCUAGAGAACGAACAGGAUCCUAUGAAGACCGACGUAAAAACGGUCGAAUUUCUGUUGAGUUAUAAGCAAAGAGAUGUGGAAAUAAUUCGUCGCACUCACAAAUUCAGACGAAAAGAAGCUGAACUAAUCAGGGUCGUUAUUGCCGCAGGUCUUUAUCCUCAAUACACUAUCGCAGACCCUAUGAACAAGUAUCAGCACGGGCAGGAGCUCUUUGUACACACUCGAAUGAAGCCAUUCAGUCUCAUACAUCCGAAUUCUUCAAUCGCACAGUACCAUGCAGAGUCGCUAGACGCACAUGCUGACAGUGAAGGUCGUUCAACGUUUCAUCAGAUUCUUUUUUAUGGUUUACUGCUGGAAACUACGAAGCCGUACAUCUGUAACGUAAUACCAAUUCCUGCCCUUGGUCUCUUACUGUUCUCAAAAAAGGUGAUGUGUGAUGACUGGAAGCUGGUGCUUGUUGACGAUUUUGUAGAAAUUUCAUUCGAACGGAUACAGCAAUGUAAGGAAGUUAUGCAUUCUAUCGUGGAUAUAAGAAAACAUCUCAACACAGGCUUGCAAAGGAAAUUACGGGGUCUAUCGUACAAUCCAAGUGAACUUUCCGAGAUCAUCAAUAGGUUUGCCUAUACUCUCGCCGAAGGAGAUGUAGAGAUUUCUGUAAAGCGUAUUGUUCAUCCGCCGCGAACACUUGAAAACGUUGGAUUUUUCUUACCAGAUGGAGAAGUUGAACUAGAUGUCGAGGAAUACGUAUUAGAGGAUGCGGAUGAGUUUGAUGACAGCAACCAAGAGAAAGAGGAAUGCUUAGAUGAUGUUCCAAAACAAGAAAGUGAAGGAGUGCAAAUAAAGGAAGAACCACCAGAACAGAAAGAAAGAAAACCAACAUAUUACGAAAUUCUGCAAAAGAAGAUGCGGGAACGAGAAGCAAAAACUGCUGAUACUCAACCAUGCGAAAAGAAACCUCGAGUAGAAUAA